CCUGAACAGUGUCCUUUCUGCUGUUACCAAGGAAGCUCAAAAUGAAUCCUACUGAGAACAGCCAGAGAGUAAACCUUCCAGCCAUCCCUCAGGCCCAGAGGGAGGAAAGAGGCCUGGAGGGUGCCCAGAUCCCCAGAGCUGAGGGGAGCCAGGUGGUGGCCACUGCCAGCACCUCAGGGCAUAUGUCUUCUGCCAUGGGGGGAGCAUCAUCUGGUGGGGCCUCUGGCAAUCAAGCAGGAGAGGUGGCUGAGCCUGAGUACCCCACACAGGGUAUACUAGAUGGAAAGAUAGUUGAUUUGGUGAGAUUCCUGCUCAUCAAGUUUCGAAGGAUGGAGAUAACCACCAAGUCAGAGAUGAUGAAUAGGGCCAUGAGAGAUUAUGAGGAAUACUAUGCUGUGAUCUUUAGUAAGGCCUCUGAGUGUAUGAGAUUGAUCUUUGGUAUUGAUAUGAUGGAAGUGGACCCGUUUGUCCACUCCUAUUUCCUUUACCCUACCCUGGGAAUCACCUAUGAUGGGAUGAUGCAUGGGGUCGUAGGUGUACCCAAGACAGGUCUGGUUAUAAUUGUACUAUGCAUCAUCUUCAUAGAAGACAAUUGUGUCAGCGAGGAGGUGUUCUGGAAUGUGUUAAAUAGCCUAGGGCUGUAUGCUGGAAUGGAUCAUUUCAUAUUUGGGGAGCCCAGGAGUCUCAUCACUGAGGAUUUUGUGCAGGAAGGAUAUGUGGAGUACAGGCAGGUUCCCAACAGCCGUCCUCCUCGAUAUGAGUUCCUGUGGGGCCCAAGGGCCUAUGCGGAAACCACCAAGAUGAAAGUCUUGGAAUUUUAUGCCAGCAUUGUUAAGCAGGAUCCUAGGUCCUACCCUGAGAAGUAUGCAGAGGCUUUGAGGGAGCAGGAAGAGCGGGCUAGGGCAGAUAAUACCAGAAGAUACUAG